UGUGAAUUAAUUUUAAAAUAUAUACGCUCUCAUGUGUAUGUUGAUGUAUUAAUAUUAAUAAUGAAAAAAAGGAAUAAAAUGAAAUAAAUUUAAUAAAACAUAAUAAUUAUAAUGAAUGAAGUUUUAUAAAAAAAAAAAAAUUAUGCUUUUCACGAACUGGUUUUACACCAAGAUAUAGUGUUUCACAAGAAAACCUAUGAUAUAUAUCUAAGAAGUAUUUUAUACUUACUGGAGAAAUCGGGUAUGUCCGUCUGUCUAUUGUAUUGCACAGCGCUGCUAAAAUUGAAGCAAAAACUUGAAAUAAUGAAAUAUUGCCAACAGAUGCUAAGCUAAGGUUUGGAAAUUUUUCAUUUGAAAACAUAUACGACCCACCAUCAUGGAAACAGUGUAUUUGUUGUGUCCUGGUUUCUUUGAUUUGCGAAAUAUGUGACUUGUUUUGCUUUUUGACUCAACCGCAACGAUACAUGUACAUAUGUACAUGUAUAUGCAUACACACAUAUAAAUAUAUUUUUAAAAACGCACAAAACUUGUAUAAAAGCAGAGGAAACAGACGAUAAGGAAAGUUGAGUUAAAUACUUAUUAGUACAAAAUUUUAAUGCAAUUUAUCAGUCAACUUGCAACGAAACAAAAUUAUGCUACGUUACGAUAAACGAUGGUUAUUGGUGUUCACUGCGAGUUCUCUCUUAUAUAUCGUCACAUAUUUAAUGAUCGCAGUCGAAGCUGGACGUACGCAUGUCGAUUUAACCGCUUGUCAACAUUUGAGACGUGCUGAGGCUCGACGUUCAAAAGCUUUAGGCGUGAGUUUGCGUACACCACGUUGCAGUCGUAGCGGCCAGUUCGAGGAGAUUCAGUGUCAAAAUGAUAAACUAGGUCAGAGCUGCUGGUGUGUGGAUGACUACGGCAUAGAGAUACCUGGUACUCGUAAUGCUUCCCGUUCUUUCGUGCAAUGCAAAGAACCGGCACAUUGCCCAGCUUCAGCCUGUCGUAUGUUUUGCCCAUCAGGUUUUGCCCGGGACCCUAAAACGGGGUGUACGCAAUGCCGUUGUCGCGACGCUUGUGAAGGUAUCCAAUGUCCACGUGGUCGAUCCUGCCAAUUGACCGAAGUAAACUGCAAGGGCGAACCAUGUCCCCCUAUACCGACAUGUAAAAAGGCUCGUUCGAUAGCAAAUUAUUGCCCAGCUGGUUUGCCUUUAGCUAUUGGUGAUGAGACACAAAUGAAACCAUUUCUUUGUGGUUUGGAUAGUGGCAAGCCUCAGUGUCCGCCUUUACAUCAGUGCCUAGUUGAGGACAAUAAUGAUUACGGAGUUUGUUGCCCGAACGCCUUAAAAUUCAAUAAACCGGGCUUAUGUCCAGCCUCAGAUGCGCAAAACUACUCAAAUAGUGCAGGUUAUAUAUGCGGCACACCUUGCAGCCACGAUCUAGAAUGUCCUAAUAUGGAGAAAUGCUGCUUCACCAAGGGCUGUCAAUUCAAUUGUCAACACCCUCAUAAUGUCACCACUUGCCAGCAGGCGAGGGCUCUGUCGGAUCUAUUAGCUAUAAAUGAAAGGGAGGGCCGUGGCUAUGUUCCGGAAUGUAAUGACACUGGAAUGUUCUCCCCACGCCAAUGCUCACGUAAUGGCCUGGUUUGUUGGUGCGUUGAUUCUCAUUCAGGCCAUAAAAUUAGUGGAACUAUGGGUGCAGCGAAAACUGUCACCUGCGAGGGUUGGGAGAAUAUGAUUAGUCGUUCCGAACUUGGUCGCAGCUUUGAUCGUCAGAAAUGUGAUACAAAUAUAUGCGCCGCCAUUUGUGAAUAUGGCUUCAAGAAUGAUCAUUACAACUGUCCGACGUGUGAAUGCUCGGAGCCAUGUGAUGGUUUCAAAUGCGCAUCAGGCUAUCAUUGUGAGGUAGCUGUCGAUCGUUUAUGCGAAUCGGGAUCCAGUCUAUGUGCAUCCUGGCCGAUGUGUAAACCUGAUCUGUUGUACACCAACCCUUGCGAAGUGGGAACUCCUCUCACCGAUAGCGAAAACAACGAAAUUUUGUAUUGCACAGACCAAGCCGAAACUCAGUUGAUCGGCCGGCAAGUCAAGUCGUUUUAUGAUCCUGAAUCCGUUGAAGAAACUUCCCGAGAUUUUAGCACGAAGCAUGUAAUCUGUCCUGCAGACUAUGAAUGCGUAAAAUUGUACAAAUCCAUUGAAAGCGUUUGUUGUCCUAAUACAACAAAAGAAGAUAUUCAGGCAGCGGAAACUCAAACUGAGAGCCAUCAACAGACAAUGUGUGAAUAUCUGCGUGACUUCUCAGAGCGUAUGGAGGGCACUGAAGAAGGUAUGAAAUUGGCCAUUUCAAAACCUCAUUGCUCACCAGAUGGGCACUAUAGUGAGCGUCAGUGCAGUUUUCGAAAGAUAAAAGUUACACGAGCUGAGCAGCGUAAAAUUCUGGAAGAGAACACUAUACGACGCAUGAGAAUGCUUUUAGCCAAUAAUAGCGACGCUAGCCGUAUACGUCGUAAACGGGAAACGGAAAGGCUGAAACUAUACAGAGUGGAUGACAGGUUGCUUAAAGUCGAAGUUGCUGCUCCAAUAAUGGGGCGCAACGCCAAAGUAAUUGAUAUGCACCCUAAUCGACAGCAAGAUGUGGGGCUACUUUUUGAAACUAAUUUUAAAAAAGUAAUCCCUGGAUCUAAACGUAUCUUGAGUGAUCAAGAAAUCAUUGAAUUAGAAGUGGAAGAAUGCUGGUGCGUGGAUAGCUUUGGUACGGAAAUACCUCGCACGAGAGGCUUUAACAUAACCGAUGAGGUCUGCUUAGAACUUCGUGACAGUAUUGAAUGUUUGGACGUCACUUGCCGCAUGGGUUGCGAAUAUGGUUUCAUUUUAGAUUCCAAGACCCGCUGUCCAGCUUGUCAAUGUCGCGAUCCUUGUUCCGAUGUAGUUUGCAGUGAGAUGGAGGAAUGCCGCGUGGUGGAAGUCUCAUGCGAUGACGAAUAUUGCCCUCCGGUUCCGGCGUGUCUUCCACGUAAACCAGGUCAGUGCCCUUAUCUCGUGCCACCUGCUCCCGACAAUUUGGACGCCAAUGCUUGCGCUUACGAAUGUCGCACCGAUUCCCACUGUGAGGGUGCUAAACGCUGCUGCUCAAACGGUUGUGGAACACAAUGCGUACUGCCGCAAAUGAAAACAGCUUGUCAACAUUUGCAAAGCAUACAAAUGCAUCAGUCCUCCGAAUUGGGUAUACCCGUUAUGAAAAUGCAUGUCGCUCAGUGCGACGCCAAGACAGGCGAAUGGAACCGCGUGCAGUGCUCACCUAACGGGUUCUGUUGGUGUGUAGAUCGCAGCGGUCAAGAGUUAAGCGGGACGCGAAUAAAGGAUUCUUCACCUGUUUGUCAAGAGAAUUCGGCUUAUAAAUGUAAGAAAGCAGCAUGUAAAAAUAAAUGUGAGACAGGCUUUAAGGUAAACCCAAAUGGUUGCCACACUUGUGACUGUCGUAACUUUUGCGAUGAAAUAAAUUGUGCAGCGAGUGAAGAAUGCCAACUGAUAUCCGUAGAAUGCGUCGAUACACCCUGUCCAAAAAUGCCGAUCUGUGUUCCAAGGCGGGAGUCUGUGUGUCCGGAAGGUAGCCCUUUAAAACUAAGCGAUUCAGAGGUAAGCUGCGGCCCCCACAAUGAGAAUGAGACGUGCCCUACUACGCACACUUGUCAAUUAAAUCCGGUCACUAAUCGCGGGGUUUGCUGUACAAAACAAAGAGACGUUUGCUUUGAAUCUUUAAAUAAUGCCUGCCUAGCGAAAGAAACUUCGAUAUAUAAUGUCACGCGAUAUCGCUUCAGCCCAAAAGUGAAUCGUUGUGUUGCUGUGAUAAUCGAUUUAGAUGACAGUGCUUGUCACACGAAGAACUUAUUCGAAAAUGAAAUAUCCUGCAGUUCCGUAUGUCCGAUUCUUACACAAUGUGAACGACUCAAAUUGAAGAAUAAUUUGGCUGCGCAGCGCACUGGUCACUCGUCGGUUUGGUUUAAGCCACGCUGUGAUCCCGUUACUGGCCAUUGGAGUCCAGUGCAGUGCAUAGGUAAACAACCCGACUUCAUCGCUUCAAAUAGCUCUUUCAGUACACCUUCGCUUGAUGCAGUGUGCUGGUGUGCCGACAAAAAAGGUGCGCCCCUAAAGGGAACUUUAACGCGCGAUCAAGAGCCCAUGUGUAACAGUCGUCAAGGCAGAAGUCAACAAUCAACGCAGAAUUCCAGCGAUCUGUUAAUGGAGGAGCUGAUAUAUCAGAUAACUACUUUAAUUGAAUUUGAUAAUUAUUUGGAAGAGGAUGUGAGCAAUGUAGUUACUAGUCCUCCAACAGCUGCUGAAGCCUCCGUAACAGAGCGAGUACGUGAAUUGGCAAAUUCUUUGUGGGAUUCACAACUUUAUAUCGAUUCUGCAAAGACCGCGUCACCGCUUCAGGUGACAACAACGCGUUGUCGUUCUCUUGCCAAUACAGCACCCUUUCCAGUUUCUUGUGAUGAAAAUGGCGCAUUUUUACCGACACAAUGCAAUCAACAAUAUUGCUGGUGCGUCGAUACGGCAGGCAAUCAACUGGAAACUUCCGUUAUAUUUGAAAAAGGUACUCAAACAUGUGAAGAGACGCCGAUUUCCAUCGUAAUGGUUGAAUUAUAUUUGCAAAACGUAACCGACAAACCAGUCGAAAAUAUUUACAAUACUAUUCGUAACGAAUUAGAGCAAAUGUUGGGCAAUAGUUUAAUUAAUUUAAGAGUUCAAGAGAAUUACGAAGGUGCCGGCACCGUCGUAGUAAAAUUUGAAUUACAAAAUGACAAUAAAAUUGAUUUGGCAUUCGCCCUUGAAUCGUUAGUACUAGAUGGUAAUUUUAAAUUAGGCUCUGGUCAUUACCUCUCCGAUAUUACACGUUCUCAAUUUGUACACAGGCGGCUAGAGCCAGCAACAUUCGCCCGAGUAGUAUCGCAUGAAGGCACCAUUCAAUUGGCGCUUUUUAUAACGGCGAGUAGUACCGCGUUCCUUAUUUGUGUGUUCGUUGUAUACGUUAUGCUUAAGCGCGGUAAAGAGAAAAAAGCGGCGCAAUUAGCUUACGCAUCGCCCUAUCAGACGCGAAGGUCUAGCUUAUCUUUGGAUUCGGAAUUUCCCGCACCAAUUUUCGUACUAACCCCUGAACAUGAUUUGGAAAGUAUUCGACCACCAUUAGAUAUUAAAGCUCAGAAUGUUGAAUAUUAAUUAAUUAAUGGUGCUGCAUUAUUUUGCUUGGACAUUCUUCGCUUUAAUGCCGUCUAAAAGCCUUUGUAUAUACAUACAGACAUUUCCACAUAUUUAUACAUAUAUAUAUAUAUUUAUUUACAAAAAA